AUGAAUGAUGUUGAAACACUCCUUUCACAAUUACCUGUAUUAAAGCAUCUUCGAUUACUCUUUCCAAGUUGUGAACCUAAUUCUGGAUUAUUUGAUGGUUAUAGAUGGGAGAAGUUCAUCCGAACGAAAUUAUCUCAGUUGAAUAAGUUUGAAUUCUCAUUUGAAGUUUUUAAACGUUUUAAUUCAAAUGAUGUUACAAUAGAAUCAUUAGUUGCAUCGUUUCGAACUCAAUUCUGGCUUGAAAAUAAAAAUUGGUUUAUCAAGUGUAAUCUUCAAGAAGGAACAGGUGGUGAAGCAUUUCAUCUAUAUUCAAUACUACUCUUUAAGAAUUAUGUCACAUAUCCAGAGUAUCGAAACGCAAUUCAACAUUCGACAUCGAACAUAGCUGAUAAUAAUGCAACAAUCAUUGUUAAUACAUGUGAGUUAUCCUUGAACUUGGAUAAAAUGACAUUUAAUGAAUCUCAACAAAAUGUAAGCAUUAUUUUAAUAAUUUGA